AGCUGGGCCUGAGCCGGGCGUCGAAGAUUCAGGCGCGGCCGCGAGUUCAGAGUUGGAGAGCGCGGUCCCCUGAGCUGUGGGCUUGUGAAAGGUGGCUCAGUUUUACGCUAGCCGUACGAUAACACGUCUCACCGAGCAUAUGUUGCGCUUAAUAAUCGAGAAAUAAUGCAUCUUUUCAAAACUUUCGUCAUACUUUUAAACGUUUGCCCAGACGUGUGGUUGCGACCGGAAAUGGUGCAGUGAGCGCUCAUGGAUGGUUCAGCAAGACUAACAACAAAAACUCUCCUGAAUCUCAUUUGGAUCAGGAAAGCCAAAGAGAUGAGGAUGACAGAAAGAACUGCAUGGGAUCCCUUGUGUUCCCGAUCCAUUUCCUUCACACUCUAUGACAGAUGGGGGAAGUGCAGUCCACAGCCAAUUACUUAAGGGGGAUAGGAACCAAAGAUCAGUCCCCUGACUUUAAGAUAUGAGCACCAAGUGAAGAAGCCGGUGCUAGCCUGCUGGAGGAGAGACCGUGUGGAGCAGAAAUGAAUCAUCCCAGUUGAGCCCCAUCUCUCAGAACAGCCAGCCUGCCGACUUCCAGACACGAUUAUGCAAACCUUGAUUCACUUAUUGAAAUGCAACAUUGGCACAGGGCUCCUGGGACUUCCUCUGGCCAUGAAAAAUGCCGGCUUAUUGGUCGGUCCUUUCAGCCUGCUUGCCAUCGGGAUCCUCACCGUGCACUGCAUGGUCAUCCUGUUGAACUGUGCUCAUCACCUAAGUCAGAGACUGCAAAGAACUUUUGUGGACUAUGGAGAGGCCAUGAUGUACAGCCUUGAAACCUGCCCAAACGCCUGGCUGAGGACCCACUCAGUGUGGGGAAGGUACACUGUCAGCUUUUUAUUAAUCAUCACCCAGUUGGGCUUCUGCAGUGUUUAUUUUAUGUUUAUGGCAGACAAUUUACAACAGAUGGUGGAAGAAGCCUACGUGACCUCCAACACCUGCCAACCCAGGAAGAUCCUGGUGCUGACCUCCACCCUGGACAUUCGUUUCUACAUGCUGACAAUCCUGCCCUUUCUGAUCCUGCUGGUGUUUAUCCAGAACCUCAGGGUGCUGUCCGUCUUCUCAACACUGGCCAGUAUCACCACCCUGGGGAGCAUGGCUCUGAUCUUUGAGUAUAUCGUGCAGGAGAUUCCAGAUCCCAGGAACCUACCCUUGAUGGCAAGCUGGAAGACUUUCUUGCUGUUCUUCGGUACAGCCAUCUUCACGUUUGAAGGCGUCGGUAUGGUUCUGUCUCUCAAAAACCAGAUGAAGCAUCCACAGCAGUUUUCUUUUGUUCUGUACUUGGGCAUGUCCCUUGUCAUCGUCCUCUACAUCUGCCUGGGGACACUGGGCUACAUGAAGUUUGGGUCGAACACCCAGGCCAGCAUCACCCUCAACUUGCCCAAUUGCUGGUUGUACCAGUCAGUCAAGCUGAGGUACUCCAUCGGCAUCUUCUUCACUUAUGCCCUCCAGUUCCACGCGCCAGCUGAGAUCAUCAUCUCCGUCGUCAUUUCCCAGGUGUCAGAGAGCUGGGUGCUGUUUGCAGACCUGUCUGUCCGCACGGCCUUGGUCUGUCUGAUCUGUGUCUCAGCCAUCCUCAUCCCCCGCCUGGACCUGGUCAUCUCCCUGGUGGGCUCCAUGAGCAGCAGUGCCCUGGCCCUCAUCAUCCCGCCUUUCCUGGAGCUCAUCACCUUUUACCCUGAAGACAUGAGCUGUGUCACCAUUGCAAAAGACAUCAUGAUCAGCAUCCUGGGCCUUUUGGGGUGUGUAUUUGGAACAUACCAAGCCCUCUAUGAGUUGAUCCAACCCAUCAACUAUUCCAUAGCCAACUCCACAGCUGUCUAUACAUAAUUAUCUAUUUUUAUUCUGAUAGUUCUUCCUUACUCCCAUCCCCAAUUUGACUUCUAUUGUGGAUGUUAUAUAGAUUCAUCAAACCCCAACAUCUCUAUAUUAAUUAGUGGCUUCUUUAUCUUUCCAGGAGAAAGGUAGGUGACACAAGUCAGUACUGAUACCUCUCAGGCUAUGUCUUUUCUGGUUUUUGGAUUUCUCUGGAGACCUUUUGUACCUCUGAACCAAAACCACAUUCAACCAUUUGUAUUAUCAGCCUCAUUUAAUGGGAAAAAGGAUGCCAUUUGCCCAUGAUAUCCCUGGAAACAGAGACCAAGCAAAAAUAUAAAUGCAAAAGGAGUUGUUUUCUCUAUUCUGCAGUAACUACCCUUAAAGCAUCAGGUUUAGAAAAGUGUAUGUUGAGGGAAGAGGAGUUUCUAUUUUAGGUAUGGUUCUAAGUGGAAGAGUCACAGAACAAAAAUAGUACUUAGCAGUAAUUUUUCUAACCAAUAGCUCUGACACUGAUUUCCUCUGGGAUCUUUUUUUUUUUUUUUUUUUUUUAAUUUUUAUCCUGUGGGAUCUUGGACAAGUUUCUCUCCCUGUCCAUCUCACUUUCCCAUUCUAUGAAUUGAAGGAUUGGAUUAAUUGGCUGUUACAGGCUCUUCCAGCUUUGACAUUCUGAAAGUGAAAAAAAAAAGAAAAGAAAUGAAUUUAUCCUUUAACACGUGUGAAAAUCGAAGGGUUUUCUGUCAGCAAGUUACCCUGUUGCCCUGGAGACACAAGCAUACCAGAAGCAGGUUAAGGGAUAAAAACAUUUCUUAGCAAUCUUUCAUUAUGGUGACCUCCCUACUGAGAAGGACAUCACCUCUCUCUCUCUUUCUUUUUCUCUCUCCCCCCACCCAACCCCCAUCUUCUCGGAUAUCUUAAGGCCACUUAGGGCUGAUUUAGGCUAAAGGGGAUGAGCAGUUUGUGUGAGGGAAAGGAUUUCAUCAUGUGCAAGGACUACUGACCUUUUUAAAAAUAAUACUUAGUUUUGGUAAGGGUUUGGAAAAACAAUCUUAUACUCUGCAGAUGGCAGAAUACAUUUUUAUGGCUUUUCUGAAGGACAAUUUUUAUAAUACAUAAGUUUUAAAAUGCAUAGCCCUCAGAUCCAGUUUCACUUCUGGGAGUUUAUCCUAAGAAUCUUCUAUGUUUGCAAAAUUGUAUGCAUUAUUUAUGUUGGAAACAAAUAUCCAACAUUAAGUUGAAUUAUGAUUCAUCCAGAAUAGAAUUCUGUGAUGACCCCAAGUACUGCAAAACUGUACCUAUUGAUAUGCAAAUAUAUUUGUGAUUUAUCAAUGGAAAAAAAAAAACUGGUUUAAAACACUCUGUGAACCAAAACUAGGCAAAGACAUUACAAGAAAAUAGAGCUACAAACCAAAAUCCUUCAUGGACAUAGAUGUGAAAAUUCUAAACAAAAUUUUAGCAAAUCAAUAUAAUCAAUGUAAUUCACCAUAUUAACAAACUAAAAAGAGAAAAAUGUAUGAUCAUCCCAAUAUAUACAGAAAAGCAUUUGGCAAAAUCUAAUGUCUAUUCCUAGAAUAAAACUCUUGGCAACUAGGAAUAGUAGGGAACUUUUACAACUGGUAAAAAACAUCUGUGAAAAAUCUAUAGCUAACAUCAUACUUGAUAAGGAAAGACUGAAGAUCAAAAACAAAAUACAGAUGUGCAUUCUCACCACUUCUAUUCAAUCUUGUACCAGAUGUCUAGACAGUGAAAUAAGGCAACAAAAAGAAAUAAAGUCAUCCAGAAUGGAAAGGAAAAAGUAAAACUGUCUUUAUAUGAAGUUGAUAUGAUCAUCAAUGUAGAAAAUCCAAUGGAACCUACAAAAAAACUACUACUAAUUGAUUUUACAAAGUUUCAGGAUAUAAGAUCAAUGUAUAAAAUCCAGUUGUGUUUCUCUGUACUAGCUGGGAACAACCAGAAAUUGCACUUAGAAUAGCACCAAAAACAUGCAAUAAUUUGGGAUAAAUCUGAUGAAAGAUAUGAAACAUGUACA